AUGUCCGCCCCCAAGAAGCAAUCUCUCCACAACGUGCUCGUCGUCGGCGGCUGCGGCUUCCUCGGCCACCACGUCGUCAAGCUCCUGCUCGAGCAGCACCCCGAAUGCAACGUCUCCGUGCUCGACCUGCACACAAAGUUCAACAACUUCCCCAAGGUCACCUACUACAGCGGCGACAUCACCUCGCGCGAGCAGGUCGACGACAUCCUCACAAAGAGCAAGCCGGAGGUUGUCAUUGACACCGUGUCCCCUAUCUUUGGCCUGGGCAAGGACAUCUACUUCAAGGUCAAUGUCGACGGCACCAGGACGCUCCUGGAGGCCUCCACGGAUAAGGGCGUGAGGGCGUUUGUGUAUACGAGCUCGGCCAGUGUGGUGUUUGAUGGCGUGAGCGAUAUGAGGAAUGUUAACGAGUCGGCGCCGAUACCGAAGAUACCCAUGGAUGCGUAUAAUGAGACUAAGGCCAUUGGCGAGAAAAUGGUGAUUGACGCCAACCGAAAGAGGGGAAUGCUCACAAUCUCGCUCAGAUUAUCCGGUCUCUUCGGACCCGGCGACCGACAAGCCCUCCCCGGAAUGUUCACCGCUCUCGAGCGCGGCCAGACAAAGUUCCAGCUCGGCGACAACAGCAACAUGGCCGACUUUACCUACAUUGUCAACGCCGCCUACGCGCACGUUCUUGCGGCCGAAAAGCUCCUCUCCAUGCCCGUGGACCAAGAAAAGACCACCAACACAGUCGACGGCGAGGCAUUCUUCAUCACCAACGGUGAGCCCGUUCCCUUCUGGGAUUUCGUCCGUGCAGUGUGGGCCGCAAAGGGACACGUGGCGCCAUAUACCAUCGUGAUUCCCAAGUCGAUUUCCUCAUUUGCCGGUGCGGCCAGCGAGCUUGUAGGCUGGUUGACGGGCAAGGAACCCAACUUGACAAGACAGAAGGUGAAGCUUAGCACCUGCCAGAGGUACUUUGACAUCAGGAAGGCGACGACACUGUUGGGGUACAAGCCUCUGGUGUCGCUGUCACAGGGUGUCUUGGACGGUGUGGCGUGGUUUGUGGAGGAGGAGAAAAAGCAAGCUGAGAAGAAGGGACAAUAG